AUGGUUUUAAAGAACAAUUUAGAAAAAAUACUAACAGACUUGGAAAUGAGAAUUAAGGAGUUAGAGCAAACAUUAGGUGGUAAACCAAAAGAUGAUGUAUGGGAACAUUUUAAUUCAAUCGAUAUUCCAAAUAGUUCUCAUAAAUCAGCUCAAUGUAAAUUUUGUAAUCAAACUUGGAAACGAGGAAAACCAAGUGAUAUGAAGGCACAUUUAGCUCUUAAAUGUUCUAUGAUUACACAUGAUGUAAAACUUGAAUAUUUGCGUAUAAUUAAAAGUGAUGAUAUUUUAGAAUCAACCAAUAAAAGACGAAAAUUAGAUGAUAAAAAUAGCCUAUACAACUAUUUUGAUAGUGAUAAAAUUGAUGAAACAAAAAUCUUACGAAUUCAUAAGGCUUUAGUUCGAUUUUUUGUUUGUUGUGAAAUCCCAUUUUCUGUUGUAGAAUCUCCUUUUUUUCGAGAUUUUACAAAGAGUUUAUGUUAUGGAUAUGAAUUACCAAAACGAUCAGCAUUAUCUAAUCAACUAUUAGAUGCUGAGACAGCAAAUAUUGCAAUAAAAAUUGAAGAAGAGUUACGACAAGCAAAAAAUCUAACUUUAGGAAUUGACUCAUGGACUAGUCCUCUUGGACAUUGUAUAUAUGCAUUUAUAAUUAUUACUUCUACUCGACGUCAAUACAUAUAUUCUAUUAAUGACUUUUCUUCUGAUCAACAUACUGCUGCAUUUAAUGAAGAACAAAUACUUAAA